CAGCAGUGCUCAACCUGUCCUCAUCAUCCCAUGCAAGCAGAGGGGAGAUGCUGCAGAUGCCAGAGUGAUGGAGCUGCCAGUGCCUGCUGCUCUCUGAUCAUUUGCAGCUCUUCACAAAGCCUGUGGACACGUACCUGAAUAGCAGCGUUCAGGAAUGGAGCUGGUUGGCUCUCCCUUAACAGCAACAUAUGCCCAUCCAAGAUCCACACCUACCAAGUUUCUGCCUGCCAUCAGCACCAUGGCUUCAAGCUAUAAGAACCGUUUUCCUUACUACCCCUUGCCUCAGAGCUUCAGCCUCCCCUGGAUGCCCAGUGCCUACUAUAAAACAGCUGCCAUCAACCCAACUUUGGCUCCCUUUUCCAAAAGCUCCCAGGUGUUAACCCCCAGCAAGAUGCUUCCUUUUGUUUCCAACAGAACAACCCUCUUUACCCGGUACACCCCUGAUGACUGGUAUAGGUCCAACCUGACCAACUACAAAGUGUCGGAGACUUCCCGGCACAAUGCAGAGCGUCUGAGAGUCGAUACCUCCCGCAUGAUUCAGGAUAAAUAUCAGCAGACAAAGAAAACCCAAGUAGAAAGCACAAAAAACCUGGGAGAGCGUGUCAAUGAUAUAGAAUUUUGGAAGUCAGAGCUCUGCCGUGAGCUGGAUGAGAUGAUCGGGGAGACCAAUGCACUCACAGACAUGAAGAAACGACUGGAGAGAGCCUUGGCUGAGACAGAGGCCCCUCUCCAGGUCGCUCAGGAGUGCUUGCUUCACCGGGAGAAGAGGAUGGGCAUUGACCUAGUCCAUGAUGACGUGGAGAAACAGCUCUUCACAGAAGUUGACGUCGUCAGGUCCUGCCAGGAGAGGAUGCAGCGGUACCUGGAUAAGGCGAAAGCCCAGCUCGCGUCCAACAGGGCAGCCCAGCAUGAGCUGGAGAGGGACCUGGCCAACAAGCAGGUGGCCCACCGCAUCGAUGACAAGUGCCACCACCUGAGGAACACCUCUGAUGGCAUCAGCUACUACCGAGGGGUGGAGCGGGUUGAUGCCACGAUCUCGGUGCCGGAAUCGUGGGCCAAGUUCACAGAUGACAACAUCCUCCGCUCCCAGAGCGAACGGGCAGCCUCCGCCAAGCUGCGGGACAACAUCGAAAACCUGCUGGUGGUGACGGCCAACGAGAUGUGGCGCCAGUUCAACGCGGUGAACAUCGCCCUCACUAACCGCAUCGCCGAGACAGCCGACGCCAAGAGCAAGAUUCAGACCCACCUGGCCAAGACACUGCAGGAAAUCUUCCAGAUUGAGAUGAACAUAGAAGCCAUCCGAAAAGCCAUUAGGGACAAAGGGCCUCCGUUAAAGGUGGCUCAGACCCGGCUGGAUGAGCGCACGCGGAGACCAAAUGUGGAGCUGUGCCGGGACACUGCCCAGCUCCGCCUUGUCAAUGAGGUCCAUGAAAUUGAUGAGACGAUCCAGAGCCUUCAGCAGCGGCUGAGAGACGCCGAGGACACGCUGCAAAUGCUGGUUCGUGCCAAGUCAGUCUUGGAACAUGACCUGACCGUCAAAGCCAACUCACUCUUCAUUGACCAGGAGAAGUGCAUGGGGAUGCGCAAGACCUUUCCCAGCACUGCGCGGCUGGUGGGUUACGUUUAGGCUGGGGUCAGCUGAACUCACGGUAUCUGCUGCAGGAGGUAUUCUCAGUUUUGCUAGGAUGCAUUCCCAGUUUUGCUAAGAUGCUUUGAAAAUACAUGAUUAGGCUUUCACUUCCUGAUGAAAGCCCUGAGUAGAAAUUAAAUGAUCACUUUGUGUGUUACUUGGUCUACCAGGACUUUUUCUUCCUUUGGUUUUUCUCUUUCCACUGCUCUUUCACGGUGUGCCAGAAAGUAGCUGAAAAUAUCCUGUAUGUGACUAAGAGUAAAUCCACCCACGGGGAUUCAUUCCUACCCUUUCAGUCUGUGACUUUAGGAGAAAAACUGUUGUGUCUUCCUCCUUUUGAGUCUGUCUGAUGUGGAAAAAGCACAAGGGGAACUAAAGCUAGUUGUCAGAGUAAUUAGCUGUUGACAUCCAUAAGGUAUUUUUAGUGGUACAGCAGCAGAAACACAAACUAUCCUGUAAACCGUUGCAGCAUGUUCUGUUCCUAAAUAGAAAAACUUGCAUUUUAAGCUGA